CACGCAUGUUUAGGCGAGCAACUGUCGUAGUGGGACGUACGGCUAAGCAGGUAAGAAGAUAUAUAUCAACAAGUGCUUUCCCACUUCCCCGUAGUAGUACACCACUUCCCAAAACACAUUGCUUGCUACAUCAGUGAAAGUAGACUUUGGAAAUAUCCCGUUUCACACACCAUGGCACCGAAAAUCAACCUGUACAUGACCCCAGGCUCAUGCUCCUUAGCCUCACACAUCGCCCUGCACGAAUCCGGCCUGGACUUCACCAUCACCGACCUCAAAGCUAAAACCGGGUUUCCACCAGAACACCUCCAUCUCAACCCCAAAGGGCGCGUGCCGAUCCUCGAUCUAGACGGCGAACUCAUCACUGAGACGCAUGCUAUCCUGACCGUGAUAUCCGCUUUAGUCCCGUCUAAGAAUCUUCUUGGAAGUAGCGCGAUUGAGCAUGCAAGAGCGCACGAGUGGCUAGCUUGGCUAAGUGGAACGCUGCACGGAAACGCGUUUGCUUGCCUCUUUCGCCCGAAGCGAUUCAUCGGUGAUGAGAAACUGUACGAUGCGGUGCGCGCGCGGGGGCGGGAGUGGGUGAAAGAGUGCUUUGAGUUUAUUGAGGGUAAGCUGGAGGGAGGAAGGGUGCAUGCGGUUGGGGAGGCGUUUACAGUUGUAGAUGGGUUUCUGCUUGUGUUCUAUCGGUGGGGGAAUAGGACGCAGUUUGGGAUGCGGGAGAACUACCCGAAUUAUGCCAGAUUGGUGGAUGGUGUGAUAAAGAGGGGAGCGGUGAUGAAGACGAUUGAAAUAGAGGGUAUUGACGCGUUGAAUGAUUAGCAGGGGAAAGAGCAAGGGCUUGAUGUAUCCUACGAGAAGGUCAACCUAACUAUAGGGGAAAAGAUGGAUUUAACUAUUCAGUGUAUACUCAAACGUCCGCCAUAGCCCCUAGUAAUGCUAGAAAAGAUUCCCG